AUGAUGAAUUUCGAUAAUCUCUUUCGAUGUUUUAUAUUAACUCAAUCAUUUGUACAUGGUUGGGGAAAUCCAUUUCAUUUACAAGAAACUUUCACCUAUCGGCGUGAAAAAAUUGGUGUAAGAGAUGAGUGUUUAGAAAUUGUACCAGCUGAAAAUAUACAAGAAAAUACGGUUGAAAUAAUUAAACAAGAAAUAAAAGGUAAUCAAAAUUAUAUAAAUGCUCGAUUUCGUUCACCACUUGCUCAUUAUUUACCACAUUUAAUUCCACCUCAAGUAGCUACAGCUCAUUUUCAACUUGUUUUACCAUGUGAUCGUCGUUUUGGUAUUGAUUCAAUUUCAAUAGGAAUUUGUUGUGCUGGAACAGGUGAUCAUGGUUUUAGUCGACGAAGGUUAUUUACUGCAGUCCCGUUAAUUAAUCAAUAUCCUAUAGGUUCAAUUCUUCUUGAAAAUCCAUAUUAUGGUUUAAGAAAACCACCAGAUCAAUCCCAUUCAUCAUUAUUAUAUGUUACCAAUUUAUAUAUCAUGGGUGAAGUACUUGUUUUAGAAACACUUAUGCUACUUCAUUGA